AUGGCUCAAACAAUCCCCCAGACAAGACGUGUGGAAAGAACCGGGGCAACAGAAAGUGUCCAUAUCCCGAAUGUUGCUCCAAUGCUGGGUUUUGCGUCAGUUAAAAAGUCCUAUGGCACUGUGCCGGGAACUGGCAAGGAAUACUGUGCUGUUCCAAAUACCUGCCAGAGCGAGUUCGGCCGCUGUGACUCGGAUGCAACGCCUGCUGGAUACAAUACCUCCGCGGACGAUCGAAGUCUCACCGGUGAUGUCGCGUACGGGGGCAUCGUCUCCAAUUGUCGCUUGCCAAAGGUAAUAGCUCUCACCUACGAUGAUGGGCCAUCCGAGAACACCGAAGAGCUUCUUGACCUUUUGAAGGAGGCAAAUGCACACGCCACCUUCUUCGUCAGCGGGAACAACAACGGCAAAGGUGCUAUUGACCAGACUCCCAGAUGGACGGACGCAAUCAAACGAAUGGCGGAAGAAGGACACCAGAUCGCAUCACACGGCUGGUCGCACGCCGAUCUAGAUAGAACACCUUCGGAUGGUCGAAAGCUGGAAAUGGUCAAGAACGAGCGGGCUCUGAGCAACAUCCUGAACAAAUAUCCAACGUAUAUGCGACCUCCUUAUCUACGCUGCAACAACGAGACAGGGUGUCUAAGAGACAUGAGAGCGCUUGGUUAUCAUGUCGUUUCAUACUCGUUCGACAGCACUGACUGGAUGCAUGGGAACGACCUCCGGGCGAUGACGGAGGCAUUCGACGGGGUGUUGCAAAGAGUCGAGCCCAGCGAAGGCAGGAUGUUGCUCAUCCAGCAUGACACGAUUCGCAUGUCGGCUAUUGAUUUGACGAAGCAUGUCUUGGAGCGGAUUUCACAGAGAGGGUGGAGAGCAGUGACAGUUGGAGAGUGUCUCGGUGAUGAACCAGACAACUGGUAUCGCACGCCUCAAUGGACCAGUCCAUCCUCAACCGCAGAACAUGGCUGCUUGGUCUCGAAUGCGGGACUCUAUGAGAGAUUGGACACAUUUAAGACGAAGGAGGAAUGUUUCAAAAGCAAUAUCAAAUGCCGUAGACGGGUCAGUGGAUGCAUGAAGUCCAACAUAGACGACAAGACGUGCGGUGCGCUGAGAGAUAUCUGUAAUGCACAGUCGUUGUUUUGCGCACAAUGUGGACGACAAGAAAAGAAUGCAUUGGCAUGUGAUAUUGGGUAUUUCAACGUCUUCAACGGUAGAUGA